AUGCCGUCUCGAACCAACAACAACAGAGGCAUCCCCGUGCCACGCGAUCAGGCACGCGGCUCAGCACGAGGAGACAACCAACAGCAACCAGCAUGGCGCAGCAGUCUCGACCUUGUCUGGUCGUAUUCGCGCUCCCAAGCCUUCUACGGUAACAACAUCGCCACUUCGCCUUCGUUCGUCGAGCGGCGAUGGGCGGGGCAAGAAAUGGAGGCGGACAGUAUUUACGAGGACGAAGCCGAGUACGUUUCGGGCGAAGAUGAGCUAAGCGAUGAGGACGACGAGAGUGGCGAAGGCAGCACCUCGCAUUCUCGUUCGGGCACCGAUGCCGAUGCGGAUACGGAUACAGCGUCGAUGGCGAGCGAUGCGCGGUUUGGGCCUUCGGAUCAGUUUGAGUGGGAGGGCGAGGCGCUGCCACCUAACGCGACACAACGGACACGGCGACGCUCCAAGGCGAGAGACCGACGGCUGGAGCAGCUCGAAAGCGCGGACGAGGACGAGACGAGUCGCAGCCGCAGUCGAAGCCCAAAGCGACUAGCAGGUCCACGCGAGCGUGCUUCCAACACCAGACUCGCCCCCAAUCGUUCUGACCUCCAGCGACGUUCGCAAUUCUCUUCAGCUUCGGGCGAAGCGCUUCGAGAUCCGCUUGCCGACGACGACGAUACUGGCAACAACAGCAGCAGCAAGGACUCGGAAGCUACACCCCUACUUACCGGCAAGCGCUCGUCCGAUAUCGCGAAACGAAAGUCGGGCUCGUACGGCGCCGUCCGCCGAGCCUCCGAGUCGGGUGCCAUCUCGACACGCUCCGGCGACUCGAGCUACCACGUCCAAGAGCUGGGCAACAGCACCCUACUCCAGUCGUGGUUCAAUACGGUCAACGCGCUGGUCGGCGUCGGCAUCCUCGCGCUUCCCUUGGCCUUCUCGUACGCCGGUUGGAUCGGCGGCACCGUCCUCUUCCUCGUCUGCGGCCUGCUCACCAACUACACGGGCAAAGUUCUAGCCAAAAUCAUGGCCAAGGAACCCUCGCUCCGAACCUACGCCGAUAUCGGGAGCUACGCAUUCGGGCCCUCGGCACGCAUCCUCAUCAGCCUCUUCUUCUGCCUCGAGCUGUGGGCGGUGAGUGUGGCCCUCAUCAUCCUGUUUGGUGAUUCCAUGUCGGCCAUCUUCCCGCAGGUGGCGCCCGCAGUUUUCAAGAUGCUCGGCUACUGUUUGGUGUUGCCUUCGGUAUUUCUGCCGCUCAAGUUUCUCUCGCCCAUUUCGGUGAUUGGCAUCGUGUCGACCUUCACGUUGGUGGUGGUGGUGGUCAGCGAUGGGUUGAUCAAGAAGGAAGCACCGGGAAGUCUGUGGUCGAUUGGGCCGACGACGUUGGGGCCACGGUGGGAGCGGUUGCCGCUCAGCUUCGGCUUGAUCAUGUCCGGAUUCUCAUCGCAUCCGAUCAUCCCGUCGCUGAUCCGCGACAUGAAGGAUCCAACCAAAUUUCCUCGCAUGCUCAACCUAGCGUAUGCAGCCGCGACUGUGAUGUACCUCAGUAUGGGCAUGGUUGGCUAUGCCAUGUUUGGCACCACCGUAUCGGACGAGAUCACAAAGGAUCUGGCGAGGACGCCUGGGUUCCCAGUGGUGCUCACCAGCAUUGCGAUCUGGUUGAUUGUGAUCAACCCGCUGUCGAAGUUUGCGCUGGCGACGAGGCCGAUUCAAACGACGUUUGAGAUUCUGUUGGGCAUUGACGAUCAGACGGCGGCGAGGGUCGAGAGGCAGGCUUCGAAAGCGAGGCGGAGGAGCUCGGCUGGGUUCGCGGCGGCUGCGGCGGCUGGAACAGGAGCGGAUGCGGAUGGGCGGUCGAACAGCAAAUCGGUCAAAGCAGAUGGCGAUGCAGCACAGGCCAAACACCUGACGUCGGAAGCGUCCCACGCCACGGUAUCCAUCUCGCCCAACCAGCGCGUCUCGUUCGCCACACCCGCUGCUGCUGCUCCCUCCCUCGACCCAUCGCCCCUUGCGUCCCCUUCCGCCUCUGCAGCACACGAAAACCCGCUUGCGGGCUCCGCCAUCUCCCUGCGCGCAGCACAGCUCACCUCGUCCCUCCACCCGCGCACGCGCCACGCACUCCAGUUCGCACUCAAGAUCGCGCUCAUGCUGCUCAUCGCCCUCACCGCCGUAGUCCUCCCCGGGUUUGAGAAAGUCAUGGCGUUCCUGGGCGCGUUCCUGGCAUUUGCAACGUGCGUCUUCGGUCCGCUCCUGGCGAGCCUGAAGCUGUUCGGUGCCGAGAUGCAGGCGUGGAGGAUUGCCGUGGACGUGCUCAUCUUAGGGUUGUCGGCGGUCAUGGCUGCGACGGGCACGGUGUGGUCGUUUUUGUGA